UCGUAGAUUGACAGCAGAGUCUGAUGAUUAAGUGCUGUGCAAACAAAACAUAAAUAUUAAAUAGUAGAGAUUUCUAUGAAUUCAAAACUAUUAAUUUGAGUGUGAUUAAAAGUCUUGUAUUAUUUGUACUUUUUAGUUUUUCUUUAUGUUGCCAAAGCCUUAAAUGUUUAAUUCCGGAUUUUGUAUGUGUGUUUGCUUAUUUAUUAUAGGUAAUGUGAACACCAGUCAGGGCUACAAAUAUGUUCGUUUACAGGAUUAUCUUUGUGCGGAUAAGUUUUUUAUUACAUUACAAAAACCGUUUCGGGGAAAUCCAAAAGUAACUCUUACAGAUGAAAGACACUCGGCCGCAAUUAUAACACAGACGUGGAACACCACCUUACCAGGUUUUUACACCUCUAACAAAUUAAAAUAUGACUGCACAUUUAGUGUACAAACAAAUGAAAAGCCAUUAAGAGGAAUUUACACAAUCAUAACACGUCUGAAAUUUCGUACAGAUCCAGAAAAAAACAACUCCUGUUUAGAUUACAUACAAUUUUCGGGUGGUAAUCGCUCACCUAGUAAAAAAAUAUGUAGCGACAUAUCACCAAAAGGAUCUAGUAGUCGUUAUUUUUGGGAUCAACGUAGCCGUGAGGUUAAUGUGCAUAUUCACAUUGAUAAUCAUCGUAUGAUAUCUGAGCCUUUGGAACUGCAAAUGGUCUUAACAGCACAUUCAGAGUGUUUACAUCCGAGCGAUUUCAAAUGCAACCCUAAUCAAACGGACUCAUGUAUUUGGCGUUAUUUCGAACGUGACGAUGUAGUUAACUGCAUGUAUCCCUGCCGAGAUGAGGUAUCAUGUUUCAUUGAACCUGUCGCUGUUAAGGAAACAGACAUAAUAACUGUGGCAUUCACAGCUUUAACAGCUCUGAUAUUUACUAUGUUGGGUGUUGUCUUUUUUGUGUGGGUUUGUUGGAAAUAUUGGAAUUGUAUUACAGUCCAACAACAAGCUCGGGAAACAGCAGCACAGCGGCGUCGAAUGGACAUACCUACAAAUAAUUCGCCAAACGUGGUAAAUCUUGAAGAACCCAUAUCACAAAAUGCUUAUGAUCAGCAACAAAAUCCGCGAUAUGAGCAACCGCCAAAAGACUUACCUCCAAGUUACGACGAACUAUUUCCUGACAGAUAAUUACUGUUUUCCAUUAUCAAAUAAAUUAAGAAUCUCGUGUUUUAAGAUGAACAACACAAAUCCAGAGUGCCAGAAAAUUAGAAAACGUUACAAAAAAAUAAGUUUACGAAUACAAUAAUUUUAAAUUCAAUAGUUUUAAUGUUUCUAUAUAUAAAGUUAAAAUGAAAUUGUUAAAAAAUUGUUAAGACUAAUUCCUGAGCAGCUUAAUGCAGAGUGCAAUGUAAAUAAAUUCCAUAUUGUAUUUAUGUCCAGACGAUGGUGCAUAUUAGUAACAUUAAGGUAUUAAAAAUAUAUUUAUUGUUCCAUAUGUCAAAAAAUUUGUUUGCAUUUGUGGAUAAAAAUUAUAGCCAAAUUUUGUAAAUGCAUCACUUCUUAUUCGAAUAGUUAUUAAGAAUUUAAAUUUAUAUAAAAGUUAAAAGAAGUUAAUGUCU